AGUAAAAGGGCAAGGGAAAAUGAUGAUGAUGAGGGAGAAGCGUAUGCAACACGUGAUAAAGAACGAAAACACGUAAAGUUAGUAAUGGAAACGGAUGAACAACGUGAAAAAUGUCUAAGUUACUAUCAUGGACGAAGAACUUACCUGAAAGAUAUUCAAAAUACAAUGAUUUGUGACUUGAAUACACAGAACCAGCAACUGCAGCAAAAGUCUCAAGGUAGUGCGUAG